AUGAACAGCAUUGUGAAGAACGUGAAUUCCAGAACAAUUAAUCAGUGUAAUAAAAGUGGUGUCACAUUCACCCUUUUGGGCUUCUCAGAUUACCCAGAAGUACAGGUACCCCUCUUCUUUGUAUUUCUGACCAUCUACAGUGUUUCUGUUGUAGGGAAUAUUGGGAUGAUUGUAAUCAUCAAAAUUAACCCCAGACUGCACACCCCCAUGUACUUUUUCCUCAGCCACCUCUCAUUUGUGGAUUUCUGCUAUUCCUCCAUCGUUGCUCCCAAGAUGCUAGAGAACCUAGUUGUUGAAGACAGAACCAUUUCACUUUUAGGAUGUGUAGUGCAGUUCUUUCUCUUUGGUACCUUUGUAGUGACUGAAUCCUUUUUAUUAUCAGUAAUGGCCUAUGACCGCUUUGUGGCUAUUUGCAACCCUCUGCUCUACACAGUUGCCAUGUCCCGGAGACUCUGUGCUAUGUUGGUGUUGGGAUCAUAUGCAUGGGGAGUAGUGUGUUCCUUGGUAAACACAUGCUCUACUUUCAAAUUAUCUUUUCGUGGUUUCAACACAGUCAAUCACUUCUUCUGUGAGCUCUCCUCAGUUCUCACUCUUUCUUGCUCUGAUACUUCUCUCACCCAGUUACUGCUUUUUAUCUUUGUCACUUUGAAUGAUGUGCUCACAUUACUCAUCAUUCUCACCUCUUACGUGUUUAUUGUUGUCACCAUUUUGAAAAUGCGUUCAGCCAGUGGUCGUCGUAAGGCAUUUUCUACUUGUGCCUCUCAUCUGACUGCCAUCACCCUCUUCCAUGGCACCAUCCUCUUCCUCUACUGUGUGCCCAACUCAAAAAACUCCAGAUACACCUUCAAAGUAGCCUCUGUGUUUUACACAGUGGUGAUCCCUAUGUUGAAUCCCUUGAUCUACAGCCUGAGGAAUAAGGAUGUCAAGAAUACAUUCAGCAAGAUAAAGGAUAUUAAGUUCUUUUUUCAUUAAACAUAGUAUUUCAGUAGUAUUUUUCCCUAACUGUAAGUGAAGUUUGUCCAAAA